UUUUUUUUUUUCAUUCUCUGUAUACUCCGUCGUCGUCACUCCGAGUCUCUACUCUCUGUAUACUCCGUCGUCGUCACUCCGAGUCUCUCCUCGGCGGGGUCCGGCGCACAGUACCCACGAAACCCGCAGCGGCGACGGCAGCACCGCCAUCGACACGCUCUGCUCGUCCGCGCGUCGCCUGUAGUACCCGUCCGCGUACGACUCGAUCAUGUGUCGGGCGCUUCGCGGUCCGCGCCAACAACAAGUGCCGCCGCCGUCGGGUUCGGCGCAGCCGAAGGCCGACUACGCUUCGAACUACUACGCCGACAGACUGUGCCAUUUGAAAAGGGUACGUGCCCUUUGCCGCCGCUGCACACCACGUCACUAUUGCCGUGUUAACAGCAAUGAUAAUAAUGAUGACCGUUUGUAAAUUAUAGGUGUUGAAACCGUACCGGGACAACAACGUGAACCGUCUGCGGACCGCGGUGGGCUCCGGGUGCCGGUCGGCCAGGGUGAACCUGAACCGGCACUGGAAGAGCCUGGAAAACCUGUUGGCGCCCUGCGAUCACCGGAAGGAACGCGACCAGAACGCCGUCAACGAGAAGCUUCAAGAGCGGCUGCAGCUGCGGGAGGACGCGGAAAACGCCGUGCCCGCGGCCUCGGCCGCCGCCGCCGACGUCGACGCGAUGACUUCGGACGCGGCCGAAAGGCUCCACGCCCUGAACGUCGGCCGUUAACGUCGCCACUAAACGAUAUUUACAAUGUUUUUAGUUUUAGGUUUUUUUUUUUUUUAUAGUAUUUUAUAUUUUACGCACCCGCACUCGUUAUACGUCUUAAGCACAUAUAUCACGCGCACCCUCACCCGCACUCGUUGUACGUUUUUUUUUUUUGUUAGCACUUUUACGCACUUUUAUGCACUAUACACUAUAUAAUUAUCGCACUUUUAUGCACCACACUAUAAUAUUAUCGCACUUUUAUGCACCACACUAUAAUAUUAUUGCACUUUUAUGCACCACACUAUAAUAGUAUUGCACUUUUAUACGCACUUUUAUGCACUAACGGUACGCACUUUUUACUUUGUUCGAUUGAACGAAAUAAUAAUGUAGAUCUUAAGGAAACACUUUUUUUUUUUUUUUUGUCACGAAUUUAUCGCACUCGCGCGUCACACACUUUAAUCACUUUCUUUAAUCAAUUAUUAUCAUUAUUAUUAUUAUUAUUAUUAUUAUUAUAUCACCUGUAAACAUAAUUUAAUGCGUAUUAAUCAUCAUAAUAUAUUGAACACUCGGGCGGAGAUCAGUGGCUGAGCUACGGAGGGCUUUUCGCCCCUCUCCCUUCCCCCAAAACCGUAAAAUAAUUUGUAUUGUUCAUUAUUACCGAUAAGCCGGUCUCGACGGUAUCAAAUCUCCGCCCGUAACGAUAUGAUUGUACGCGGAACAUGUUUAGUUUUUUAUGGUUCCAACGUAUAAUGUUAGCGUCUUACACGCUAACAUUACGUUAUUGUAAUUAAAAAUUUAUAAUAUUUUCAACUUCGCACGUUUUCGCGAUUAGAAAUGAAUUACAUAUUAUAUUAAUGUAUUAUUGUCUGUGAUUAUAUUAUAUUAGCGUAUUUUUUAUAAUAAUAUUUUAAGUAACUAAAUAUUUCGCAUAUUAUUACUGUGUACACAACUGUUACGAGUAUAACAAUAUUAUUAUAAUAUUAUAAACGGCCGUAAAUAUUGUUUAAAUUUGUUUACAUCGGAAAAAUAUUAUGUAUAAUUAUUUUGCUCAAAUAGAAACGGAAUCCAUCCAUUCGUGUUUUUUUUUUUUUUUUAGAUAUUUUACGUGUAUUUAAAUGUAUUUUAGACGAAUCUCGUUCAUUAUAAUAUUACGACUAAAGCUAUACAAUAUUAUAAUUAUGCAAACGAACG